AAUUAGACGUCAUCACACUUGAAUCGAAAAUAACCUUGUCGAGGCAUUUAUUUUAAAGUCUGUUUUGUUGCUUCUGUUUGCUUCGGUUUGUACGGAACUUCUUCUAAAGUCAAAAUGGCUCCGGCAUGUUUAUGCAGCAGGUCAAUUUUUAUUAAACGCAAUUUGUUUUGUUAUUUUGGGAAAACCUGUCAGUUGUUUUCAACUAAUAGCACUAGUUCAGCUGAAAGGAAAUCACUGUCAAAAAAACGCUGCGGAAAAAGUCAAGCCACUGAGCUGUCGUUGGAGGAAAGGCUGGCUGAUGUGGUCACUCCUCUGUGGAGGCUGAGCUAUGAUGAGCAACUUGAGCUCAAGCAAAAUCACCAGCUACAGAUACUGUCUCAGCUCUCUGGGCAUCUUUCAGGUGACCUCCAAUCACAAUCCUCAUCACCUGUAAGUAGUAAAGUCAGCUUCCCUGUCCUGCCUAUCCUGCCUUCCCCAGUCAGGGAUGGCUACCGCAACAAGUCUACUUUUUCUGUCAAUAGAGGAGUGGAUGGAAAUGCAAAGACAGUUGGAUUCUACGUGGGCACAUGGAGGCAACGAAACAUCAUUUGUGUCAACGGGGACCACCUGCUCAACAUGCCAGAGAAGCACAAACUGGUAGCCAGAUGCUACCAGAACUUCUUACGCCUCUCUUCCCUAGAGCCAUGCCUGCUGUUUCACACUGGAGGUCACUGGAGAGAGAUCACAGUCAGGACCAACACUGAGGGUCACACCAUGGCUAUAGUGUACUUCCAUCCACAGACACUCACCCCAGACGAGGUGGCAGUCAAUAAGGCUGACCUGGUGGAUUACUUCACAAAGGGUCCUGGAUCAGUGUGUCAGCUGGACUCACUGUUCUUCCAGGAGACUAACAUGACCCGCUGCACUCAUGAGGAAUCCCCCUAUCAUCUCCUACAUGGUCAGCCACACAUAUAUGAUGAGGUUCUGGGCUUCAAGUUCCGCAUUUCUCCUGACGCCUUCUUCCAGGUGAACCAAGCCGCUGCUGAGGUGCUGUAUGGCACAGUGAGAGAUCUGUGCACCCCAAACACCGGGCAAGGUGGUGGACAACCAAAAGUUGGUGGUACUCUUCUGGACGUGUGCUGUGGGACUGGUGCUAUCGGCAUUAUUGUAUCCCCCCGAGUGGACAGAAUCAUUGGUAUAGAGCUCGUAGAACAAGCUGUGGAAGACGCACGACACAAUGCAGCUUUCAAUAAUGUACUAAAUUGCGAGUUUAUCCCUGGGAAGGCAGAGGUGGUGCUGCCUGUCCUCAUGUCUCAGUUGAGCCCCACAGAUGGAGGCCUCACGGCUGUGGUCAACCCUGCCCGGGCUGGCCUGCACCACCGAGUGGUCCGAGCUUUACGGAACCAACCUGGUAUCCACCGGCUGGUCUAUGUUUCCUGUAAGCCAGAUGGAGAGGCUAUGAGGAACUUUAGGGAGCUUUGCUGUGCACCGGACCUGCAGAAAAAACUCACAGGAGAUGCGUUCACUCCAACUCUAGCUGUGCCUGUGGACAUGUUUCCACACACUCCUCACUGUGAACUGGUGCUGCUCUUUGAGAGGUAGCAGAUGGAGGGCUUUAAAGCUGUUUGUGUAAGUGUAUAUUUGCUUUAAAAUAUAAUUAUUUUUAAUCCACUUAUGGUAUGAGGCUUGCUUUAUGAAGGCUGCCAUCUUCAGCUGCAUUAACCACAAAAUAGAAAAAUGAACUAGGAGAGUGGGGAAUGUUGUGAAAGAGUGUUUACAUCCCAAAGGCUGUCGUAGUUUCAUGAAAUGCUUGGGAAAGUAAGAGGUGAGUAGACGAGUCUAUAUAUUUUUUGCAUUCUGCAGUCUGUCCAUUAGAUGCCACCAAUUAUCACUAAUUCUUACAAACUGGACCCUUAAUGCUUUGCCAGCAGCACUUGUUCACUGAUUCAUUUUCAGUUUGUGGAUAAAGCAAGACAUUUGAGAACAUAAUUUCUA